AUGGGUUCUGGUCAGUCUACAACCGCCGGGCCUGGCCCGACCAUGUACACGGCGACGGCGACGGCUUCGGUUGCCGCUGCGCAAGCCACCGCGCUCACCCUGAGCCCGACGAGCAGUGUCGCCGGAAAGACCUUUGACCGCUUUGUCCAAAUCUUUCUUGAGAACCAGGACUUUAGUAUAGCAGCGGGCGAUCCAAACCUAGCAUACCUGGCGACGCAAGGUAUCCUGCUCGACAACUACUAUUCUAUCACGCACCCGUCGCAACCCAACUAUAUCGCCGCAGCAGGAGCCAGCACCCACGGUGUCCUUCUCGAUAACCCGGCUCGCAUCUCUGCCGACGUCGAGACGAUUGUCGACCUGCUCGAGGCUGGAGGCGUCAGCUGGAGCUUAUACCAGGAGGAUAUGCCAUACUCUGGCUUCGAGGGCGACUGGGUGAACCAAAAGACGGGCGCCAACGAUUACGUCCGCAAGCACAACCCGCUCAUGAGCUACGACUCGGUGACCGAGGACCUGAACCGCCUCGCCAAGUCAAAGAACUUUACCCUCUUCAACAGGGACCUGGCCGCCAACACGCUGCCCCAGUGGAUGUUCAUCACCCCCAACAUGACCAAUGACGGUCACGACAGCGACGUCUCGACUGCCGGCAACUGGGCACGGUCUUUCCUGGAACCGCUACUGGCCAACGAUAACUUCAAUACGGACAAGACCUUGAUUGUGUUGACGUUUGAUGAGUGCGAAAACUAUUUGCUGCCGAAUAGGGUCUUUACAGUGCUGUUGGGCGGUGCCGUGGCCGGAAAGGAGGGAACGACGGACUCGACUCGUUAUAACCACUAUAGUCUUACCAAGACGGUAGAAGACAAUUGGGACCUGGGAGACUUGGGUGAGAACGAUGUUGAUGCUGUUGCAUUCUUUUAA